GCCCCCUUCCCAUCCGCGCUCAAUACCCGGCAGAAAUCCGAGAUAGGCAGAGCAGAUCGCCGGCUGUCCCAGCCUGGUAUGUUCCCUCCCAUAAAAAGUUUUGUUUCUGUGUCUGGAGACAUCUUGGGUUCGGCACAUGCGUGGCUCGAUCUUCAGGUUCUAACACACCUUCCUGUUGGUCGGCCGACCAAUUAAGUGCCAAAGAGGGAAUAAAAUGUUGUCGCCACAAAGAUCUCUGCUCAUAACCAUCAUCUGUCUUGCUCAAAUUUGUUGGUGUCUACAACAAAAAAUGAACUACAGGGAAAAAGAGAAACAGGUUCUAGAUCAAAUCCUUGGCCCAUCGAGUUACGACGCUAGGAUAAGACCUUCUGGUGAAAACGGAACAGCUGGUCCCACAGUUGUCAACGUCAACAUGUUCCUUCGCUCCAUCAGCAAAAUUGAUGAUUACAAAAUGGAAUACAGCGUGCAGUUAACAUUCAGAGAACAGUGGCAUGACGAAAGGCUGAAAUUCAAUGACUUUAAUGGAAAAAUCAAAUAUUUGACGCUUACCGAGUCAAACAGAGUUUGGAUGCCCGAUCUGUUCUUUUCGAAUGAAAAGGAGGGCCAUUUCCACAACAUAAUCAUGCCUAACGUUUACAUAAGAAUUUUCCCUCAUGGAUCUGUCCUAUACAGUAUAAGGAUAUCGCUGACGCUCUCCUGCCCAAUGAACCUCAAGCUGUACCCCCUGGAUAGACAGAUAUGUUCUCUGCGAAUGGCAAGUUAUGGCUGGACAACUGACGACUUAGUAUUUCUAUGGAAAGAAGGCGAUCCCGUACAAGUCGUGAAGAAUCUUCAUCUGCCUCGUUUCACAUUGGAAAAAUUUCUCACAGAUUACUGUAACAGCAAAACCAACACUGGCGAAUACAGUUGUUUGAAGGUGGAUCUGCGAUUUAAGAGAGAAUUUUCAUACUACCUUAUUCAAAUUUACAUCCCUUGCUGCAUGUUGGUGAUCGUGUCGUGGGUAUCAUUCUGGCUCGACCAAAGUGCCGUGCCCGCUCGCGUUUCCCUCGGUGUCACAACUUUGCUUACAAUGGCGACACAGACUUCGGGCAUAAACGCUUCCCUCCCUCCAGUCUCAUACACAAAGGCAAUUGACGUUUGGACAGGCGUCUGUCUGACAUUCGUGUUUGGAGCCUUAUUAGAGUUUGCGCUGGUCAACUAUGCUUCGAGAUCAGAUAUGCACAGAGACAACAUGCAGAAGCAGAGGCGCCAGUGUGAGCUUGAGCACGCUGCGCAGCUAGAGUCAGAGCUACUUGAAGAUGGUGGUGCAACUUUCCAAAUGAAGCCUCUUGUCCGAAGACCAGGUGACAUGCCGAUGGAAAAGAUCAGGCAGUGCGAAGUGCACAUGCAGCAACCGCAGAGGCCGAACUGCUGUCGAACAUGGCUCUCCAAAUUCCCGACGCGGUCCAAGAGGAUAGACGUAAUAUCGCGCAUCACAUUCCCUCUUGUAUUCGCUCUUUUCAACCUCACUUACUGGUCGACGUACCUAUUCAGAGAAAAUUCGGACGGUGAAUAAACAAUCAACACUAAAUUUAUAAAUAUAUGAAAAGACAUUCACACCAGAUUUAGAGUGCUGUGCUAACAAUAUCACAGUGAUUUUUAUAUAUACACAAUUUAAAAUUUAAAAGAAGCAUUUAAUAAUUAAUGUAAAUACAUUAAACUCAUCUUGUAUUCCCUCUAAAACAUAUCUAGUAAUAUGAUUAAGAUUUUACAAACAUUCUUUCUAACAAAAGAAAUUAUUCAUUUAUGAAGUGUGCAUGAUUAAAAAUGUAAUGAUAAAUAAUGAAAUUAUAAAAAAAUAAAAAUGUAUAAGUUAACGAGGUUAAGCUUAUUUUCCAAGAGGUUAGGCUUGUUGGCCUUUAAAACAAAAAUUAUAAAUGAAUGUGUUCAUUAUAAAAAACAGUACGACUAAGCAAUAAUAUAUUUUUCACAUAGAUUUUUAGGAAUAAAAAUGAUCAAAAAAUAAAGAUGAGUUCUGUCACAACCUUUUACAGGUAAGGCUUACAUAAUCAACAUUUUUAAUCUAGAUACAAAUCUUCUAAAUCCUGGUGUGAAUACAAUUAGACAAACGGGUGUCUAAACCAAUGACUUUUAACAAAUGACGCAACACACAACUAAGAGAAAAAGAGAAAAAAUCAAUUUAGUGACUAGUUUAUAAAUCAUUUUAGGCAGUAGAGCCAAUAAAAUUAUUCAAAGAGAAAAGCUUAAAUGGAAAUAUGUAGCAGAAACGUAAUACUUAUUGUGCUAAUUAUACAUUUUUAACCUCGUUCUUCAUCGGUAGCAAAAUAUAAUCCAAUCAACUUUUGCAAUGUAUAUUGGCUGUU